GUGCGCGAAGAAAAAGAAGAUUAGAUGCGAAAGAAAAAUCGGCCAAAGCUGAUGCUUGGUGUGAAAAUUAGACCGUAAAUUCGCGAACAAACAUGACGGAAACGCCCGAAAAGCGAAAACUCAGUGAACUGCGCGUGGUGGACCUGAAGCUGGAGCUGGAAAAGCGUGGAAAGGAUGGCAACGGUGUGAAAAAUGUGCUUCUGGAGCGGCUCACUCAGACGUUGCGGGACGAGGGGCUCGAUCCGGAGACGAUGGAGUUUGAGAUAGCCGCUGGCAAGGCGUCCGUGAAGAAGGUGAGGGCCAGCACGGGCGGUAAGACGGAUGAAGAAUCGGGCAGCACUGCGGAUACGGCGGCCAGCAGUGAGCAGAAUGCUGAUUCAACGGAGACUAGUCAGCCGGCCGAGGAUAGCAAAGCGUCGGACGAAGAGCCAGCUGUCGAAAAUGGAAAGGGAACGGAGGAGAAAGAGGAAGAGGAGCAACUAAACGGAAAGGCCACUGACGCAACGCAGCCAGAAGAGAGUGAGGAGAAGGAAUCGGAAGCUGCGGAAGAGCCGGCACAGGAGAAGGUCAGUGUAGAGGAGAAGAAGGACGAAUUCGUGAAGCCAACCGAAAGUGUGGCGCAGGAAAAGGUGGUGGCCCCCAAGCAGGAAGAAAGCAAGCCCGUGGAUCUGAAGGAAGACUCGAAGGAAGCGGACAAUGAGGAUUCCCUGAACCUUACGAUCGGCGAGGAGGAUGAAAAGUUGCUUCAUGAUAGCAACAUGGAGGUAGAGCAGAAGGAGGAAGAGACGCAAAAGAAGGAACAAUCGUCCGCAAAGGCAAAAGAAAAUGCCUCUGAAGACUCGAAGAAAAACGACGACAAGCGAGAGGGAAAGAUCGAGAAGAGCGUGGUUACCUCCAGCACGGAGAAAGACGGCGCGGCAACUAAAACAACAGCAUCAUCAUCGUCAUCGUCAACGGCAGCGUCGUCGAGAUCGGGAGGCGAAAAGGCGACGACAGCGUCGCCCGCCAGCACCACCAACUCCACCGCCGCCUCCGCCAGCACCACUGCCGGCGGCGACGAUAAGACGAAGGGAGGAGGAAGCACGGACGGUGGCAGCGGCUCCGCCGCGAACGUGAGCCGCAACCUGUGGGUAUCGCGGCUGUCCUCGCUGACCCGGGCCACCGAUCUGAAGCAAAUCUUUUCCAAGUACGGCAAAGUGAUUGGCGCCAAGGUGGUCACCAACUCGAGGACGCCCGGGACGCGCUGCUACGGGUACGUCACGAUGGCCUCCGCCAAGGACGCGACGGAGUGCAUCAACCAUCUGCAUCGCACCGAGCUGCACGGUCGGCUGAUUUCGGUGGAGCGCGCCAAAUCGGAGCUGGGACCGGCGCGCUCCUCGUCCACGGGGGCGGACUCUUCGUCGGCGAAGGCGACCACCGCAUCGAGCAGCAACGCAUCCGGCAAGGGUUCCGGGACCGGGGGCAAAAGCGACACGAAACCGAAAUCAUCUUCUUCCACGUCCAACAGCGACAAGAAGAAGAAUGGCGACGUUUCGAAGACGAGCGCCAACGCCGCCGACAAGGAUAGGAAACCGGCGCCGAAAGAUCGCGCCAAACCAGCGACAGCAGCAGCACCAGCACGUCCAGCACGAGCUCCGGCGUCCGACGGUAAACGCCCAUCAACUGCCGGGGGAACAGGUACAUCGCGGUCUGGCGGCGCAUCCGGGACCGGAGGUGAGAAGAGUGGAGGAGGAGCGGCAGCAGCGCGCAAAAGCACCGACAACGUGGCCGCGUCGGCCGGUCGCCGUAGCCGUGACCGGAGCCGCUCGUCCCGCGAUCGCCGCUCAAACACGCACGGAUCGUCGUCGCAGGUGCGGGACCGGCAGCAGCGCAGCCGUGGCAGCAGCCGGGGAGCGGCAGGCCCUAAGGAGCGCGACUCGCGCGAGUCGCGUGAGGUUCUGUCUUUGCAGAAGAUACGCGAGGAACGGGAGCGCCACCGGCUGCGCGAACGGGAGCGGCAGCUGCGCGAGGAGGAACGCCGCCGGCGGGAGAUCCGCGCCCGGCAACGCGAGGAGGAGGAGCGGCUGCAGCGCGAGCGGGAAAAGCUGGCCGCCGAGCGCGAGCGUAUCGAAAAGGAGAAGGCGGAGCUGCUGCGGAUCGUGCGCGAGCGGCAGAAGCUCGAGCGGGAGAAGAUCGAGCUCGAGCAUCUGGAGCUGAAACAGCAGCAAAGGAAGAUCGAAGAGGCAAAGAGGUCGUUGAAGCGCCCGUCAACCGACCGGUAUGAUGAUGAUCGCAAGCGGCCCGCACCCGACAGGCGCGUUGAAGCACCACCGCCACCGAGGUUCGAUUCUUCGAUCACCUCCAGUUCCGGUAGACGCUCCAACUACGAUCGCAUUCCGUCGACCGACAAGAAGAGUCGGUUGGACGAUUACCCUGCAUCGUCCUCGUCCUCCUCCAAGCGCGAUGACUUCCGAAGGGACACCUUCAAGCGCGGUGACGAUUACAGGCGCGGCGGCGAUGACUACAAGCGCGGCGGAGACGACUAUAAGCGCAGUGGAGAUGACUUUAAGCGCGACUCUCGCGAUGACUACAAAUCGAGCGGCCGUUCGGGCGAUGACUAUGGCAAACGGGACAGUGGCUACAGCAAGCGCGAUCUCGAUCGUCCCAUCUCCAGCUCGUACGAUAGCCGUGGGGGCGGUGGUGGUGGCGGCGGUGGCAGUGGCCUCCUUUCGCAAUCGCUAAGCAAGGAGGGCCGCUAUUCGGAUCGCUCGAAUGACUAUCGCGGUGGCGGUGGAGGCAUCAGUGGCAGUAGCGGUGGCGGUCUGAACGGUGGAAGCGGCGGAGGCGGUCGUGGCGAUGAUCGUGAUCGCAACAAUUCCUCCAGCAGCCGGUACGGUAACGAUCGUACGAGCGGCGGAAAUGGAACGGCUUCCGGUGGCGGCAACUGGCACAGCAGCGCCGGCCUGUCGCAGAUCAGUGGAAUAUCGUCGCUCGGCAAUUGGGGCGACAAGACGAACGAUGGGGGAAGCGGUGGUGGUGGUGGCUGGAGAAACAUGGACAACGGCCAGGAUCGGUACGAUCGGACGUACAACGAGCGCAAACCGAUGCCGAUGUCCUCCGGCGGUGGCGGUGGUGGCGGAGGGGGAGGAGGUGGCUUCAUGGAUCAGUCGCGCCCGAAUCAGUUCAUGGGCGGCAGUGGAGGAAGGCCCCAGGACCGGUACGGCCAAUCGAUGUCCAAUCGGUUCGACAACGGUCGCUACUAAUCGGCGCACCGCUGUCUUCCAUGCUGUCGAAAGGUGUAUAUGGUUUAACGAUUGUAAGGCAUCCAUUUUCUUAGCGUUUAAGCAACGGAGAACAAUCACCGGCAUCAGUCUUUCUUUUUGUUUCGUAUUUUUCCUACCUCUGAGGGCAGGAAGUUUCCUACAUACACACACACACACGCGCGCGUAAAGGCGUGUUCCCUCUAUAAUAAGCCCUGUGAUUGUGCACUCGAACAGGGGCUCCGGAACGGAACCGGCACAGGGAGGCCGGGUGGAGAAUGCAAGUACUGCAAGUUAUUUGGAUGUUAGCUACAAUUCUACAGCCGCAAUAACCUAAUAAGUGUAGGUUUUUAAUAUUGUAAAAUAGACACAGCCCGAGACAUUUUAAAACUACCCUUACCUUAA